CACUGCGGGGCGGGGCUACACGGAGAGCGGGACCAACCUGCGGUGGGUGAGGCCGGUGGGGCCGCGCCGGAGCGCGCUUCCGGGUGUCCCCGCCAGAGGGCGCCGGCCGCCGCGCCGCCCGCGGAGUCCCCGAGGCCGGAAGCCGCCCGGCGCCGCCCCGCUCGCCGCAGCCGCCGCCAUGAAGGCCGUGGUGCAGCGCGUCACCCGGGCCAGCGUCACAGUUGGAGGAGAGCAGAUAAGCGCCAUUGGACGGGGCAUCUGCGUGUUGCUGGGUAUCUCCUUGGAAGAUACGCAGAAGGAACUGGAGCACAUGGUCCGGAAGAUCUUAAACCUGCGUGUAUUUGAGGAUGAAAGUGGGAAACACUGGUCGAAGAGCGUGAUGGACAAGCAGUACGAGGUGCUGUGCGUCAGCCAGUUCACCCUGCAGUGUGUCCUCAAGGGGAACAAGCCCGACUUCCACCUGGCCAUGCCUGCAGAGCAGGCUGAGUCCUUCUACAAGGGCUUCCUGGAGCAGCUGCGCAAGGCCUACAGGCCGGAGCUCAUCAAAGGGGACGAGUUGCAUUUAGACCAUCCUUGUGUGCCUUUUGCAGAGAAGGCAAUGGCAACCCACUCCAGUACUCUUGCCUGGAAAAUCCCAUGGACGGAGGAGCCUGAUGGCAAGUUCGGCGCCUACAUGCAAGUUCACAUUCAGAACGACGGGCCUGUGACCAUAGAACUGGAAUCUCCAGCCCCUGGUGCUGCUGCCUCCGACCCGAAGCAGCUGUCAAAGCUUGAAAAGCAGCAGCAGAGGAAAGAAAAAACCAGAGCCAAAGGGCCUUCUGAGUCAAGCAAGGAGAGAAGCGCUCCCCGCAAGGAAGACCGCAGUGCCAGCAGCGGGGCCGAGGGGGACGUGUCCUCAGAGCGGGAGCCGUAGGUGGGCUGGACGCAGUGCAUUAUCAUUGGGCAGAACUGGAUCCUGAAAAAUCCAUGAAAGAUGCUAGGCACCUAUACUACUUUAAAGACUUGGACCUGAAUCCUGAAAAGGAAGAUGGAAAUAAGAAACUGGGAACCUACAAAAACACACACAAAAAAACCACCAAAGGAGCGUUACCGUUUUUUGUUGCUGCUGUGGCUUAAUAGAGGAGAUGGGUGCUGCCAGGGUGGGGAAGGUGCCCCAUGCACAGGGCAGCAAGGAACACACCUAAGGGUCCCCUCAGGAAGGCCGCGUUGGUUCCUUUGAUUCUCGGCUUGGUUUUGGAACAGGCUGGCCCAACAUCACUUGUCAUCGAGUCCUCCUUUCACCCUGUGGUAUAUUUCUGAGUGUCCAUGAUGGGUCCCAAAUGCGGUCACACUGUCCAUGUUUUUCCCAACACUGGCUAGGCCAGGGCUCAUGUUAGGGUGUAAAGAGAACAGUUGUCCAUGAUAAUACAUUAUGUGAGACCUUUGCAUCUUACAAAUUUUCUCUUUUUUUCUAAAAAGAAAUAAACUCCAAAGCUCAACAAACCA